GCGGGUGUGGUGUUGGCCGACGGCAUGCACUUCAACCCGUACUUUGUGAGCGGUUCGGGCGCUAUAGGUAUGGCGCAGGCGUUGUUCAGCGAAAUGAUCGAGUACGAAGACGGCACGCCCGCCACGCAGAGCCAGUUGGCCAAAGACGUGGUCACUUUCCUGUCGUGGGCCGCGCAGCCCGAGUACGACACACGCAAAAAGGCCUCAAUCGAUGUACUGCUAAUAAUGAUCCCAAUGUUGGCACUGUUGACGUUCUGGAAGCGGCACUUGUGGUCGACAAUCAAAUCGCGUAAAAUACUGUUCAGAGAGACACCGAAACAGCCGCCGAAGAAGUCUUAAUCGCCGCCAC